GCCGCCCAGCCUCGCGUCUCCCUCCGUAGCCCGAUUCCGGCCCCGCAGCUCGCGUCUGCGGCUCCAGGGGUGGCGGGAGCAGGGGACGCCGUGCUGGCCCCGCCCCAGCCCUCGGAGGAAGGGGGGUCGCUGCCUACCAGUGGGAGGGGUCGCGGCCCGCGUUCCCCCUCCCCACCCGCCAGCCCCCGGGUUAAAUGCGGGCGCCGCCUGCGCCCGCUCCAGCUGCCUGGCCGUCCCCACCUCGGGCACGCCGCCCGCUCUGUUACCUGGUCCAACUGCCCGGGAGGCUCCGCCCGUCGGCUCCGCUCUGCGGCCGCGCCUCCGAGCUGUCCAGCAGGUUCAGGCUCUGAUACCUCCGUUCUCUGUUCCCCAAGCGCCAUGAGGGGGCUUCUGUGUUUGCUGCUGCCCAUGUUGCUGUUCCUCCUCCAGCCCUGGGAAACCCAGCUCCAGUUCGCAAGUCCCAGGUGCCGUACCGGGCCCCUGGAUUUGGUGUUCGUGAUUGACAGCUCGCGCAGCGUGCGCCCCUUCGAGUUCGAGACGAUGCGGCAGUUCCUGGUGGGCCUCCUCCGCAGCUUGGACGUGGGGCCCAACGCCACGCGCGUCGGCGUGAUCCAGUAUUCGAGUCAAGUGCAGAGCGUCUUCCCGCUCGGAGCCUUCUCGCGCCGCGAGGAUAUGGAGCGCGCCAUCCACGCUCUAGUGCCGCUGGCGCAGGGCACCAUGACCGGGCUGGCAAUCCAGUACGCCAUGAACGUGGCCUUCAGCAUGGCCGAGGGCGCGCGCCCGCCGGAGGCGCGCGUGCCGCGCGUGGCUGUCAUCGUGACCGACGGGCGGCCUCAGGAUCGCGUGGCCGAAGUGGCGGCGCAGGCGCGCGCCCGCGGCAUCGAGAUCUACGCCGUGGGGGUGCAGCGCGCGGACGUGGGCUCCCUGCGCGCCAUGGCGUCUCCCCCGCUGGACGAGCACGUUUUCCUCGUCGAGUCCUUUGACCUUAUCCAGGAGUUUGGCCUGCAGUUCCAGGGCCGGCUCUGUCGAAAGGACCUGUGUGCUGAGGGGGAACACGGCUGCCAGCACCAAUGUCUCAGCGCCCCGGGCACGUUCCACUGUGCCUGCAACCCCGGCUACCGGCUAGCAGCAGAUAACAAGAGCUGUUUGGCCAUCGACCUGUGCACUGAAGGGACCCAUGGCUGUGAGCAUCACUGCAUCAGCUCCCCGGGCUCCUAUUUCUGUCGCUGCCGAGCUGGCUUUGUACUCCAGCAGGAUCAGAGGAGCUGCAGGGCCAUUGACCACUGCAGCUUUGGGAACCACAGCUGCCAGCAUGAGUGUGUUAGCACCUUUGGUGGGCUGAGGUGCCACUGCAGAGAGGGCUAUGACUUGCUGCCCGAUGGGAGGAGCUGUCAGGCCCGGGACCUUUGCAAUGGCGUAGAUCAUGGAUGCGAGUUCCAGUGUGUGAGUGAGGGCUUCUCCUACCGCUGCCUGUGCCCUGAGGGGCGGCAGCUCCAGGCAGAUGGCAAGAGCUGCAGCCGGUGCCGCGAAGGCCACGUGGACUUGGUUCUGCUCGUCGAUGGCUCCAAGAGCGUGCGCCCGCAGAACUUUGAGCUGGUGAAGCGCUUCGUGAACCAGAUCGUGGACUUCCUGGACGUGUCCCCUGAAGGCACGCGCGUGGGGCUGGUGCAGUUCUCCAGCCGCGUGCGCACCGAGUUCCCACUGGGCCGCUACGGCACUGCGGCCGAGGUGAAGCAGGCGGUCCUGGCCGUGGAGUACAUGGAGCGCGGCACCAUGACCGGGCUGGCGCUGCGCCACAUGGUAGAGCACAGCUUCUCUGAGGCGCAGGGCGCACGGCCCCGGGAGCUCAACGUGCCCCGCGUGGGCCUGGUCUUCACCGACGGCCGCUCCCAGGAUGACAUCUCAGUGUGGGCGGCGCGCGCCAAGGAGGAAGGUAUAGUCAUGUACGCCGUGGGCGUGGGCAAGGCGGUGGAGGAGGAGCUGCGAGAGAUCGCUUCUGAGCCAGCGGAGCUGCACGUGUCCUACUCCCCCGACUUCAGCACCAUGACGCACCUGCUGGAGAACCUCAAAGGCAGCAUCUGCCCGGAGGAGGGCAUCAGCGCGGGGACAGAGCUUCGGAGCCCCUGCGAAUGCGAAAGCCUCGUGGAGUUCCAGGGCCGCACGCUGGAGGCGCUCGAGAGUCUGUCGCAGAAUCUGGCCCAGCUGACGGCGCGCCUGGAAGAUCUGGAGAACCAGCUGGCCACCCAGAAGUGAGGGCCGCGGGUGGCCCGGACCCGCGCGGGGGGCGCGGCCCCGUGGACUGGGUCCCCUCGUGCGCCGUCGGGGAGCCGGGGCCGGGCAGAACCUGGGUCCCCCGGGCUUGGGUUGUCGCGGAGGAGGCGCUGGCGGGCUCCCAGCGCUGCGCUCGAGCUGGCCUCGCCUGGAUCAGAAGCCGGACUGCGGGGGUCCGUGGGAGGAGAUGGGGGCGGGGGGACACGUGCUGCGCUGUUCUUUGAAAGAUUUCUUUUUU